AUGGCUUCAAGCACCGUGAUGUACCAGCAGACAUCCUCUACUACUACGGAUCUUCCCUACUCCAAUGGACACCUCUCCCCUCCUUCUACCAAGCCUGCAACCAAUCGGGCUUUGACCCCCGAGAGCGAGAGCGACCUCUCCGAGGCCCUUGAUAUUCCCAACGCCCCAACUACAUUCCUGAAUAGCGAGCAAAACGACAAUAGAGAGAAUGGCCAAAUGAGGGGCUCAGACGAUGGAUCCUCACAAGACGAGGACGCUGUCGGCUCUGACGAUCCUGACUACGAUAUGGCAACACCGCCUACCGGCAAUGCCGGAUCUUAUGGUGGUGACCGUUCAUCAUCACAAGAUUCGCCUCGACAACGGAAACGCAAAGCUGGUCCGGAGCAUGAGGACUAUAUUUUGAACGAUCCCGAGCUUUACGGCCUGCGACGAAGCGGCCGGCCUCGUCCAUCACGGCAGAUCGUCGAUGACGACUCUGAGGACGAUGACUCUGAGUCAGACAUCAGAAGUGGCCCGCCACGGAAACGACGAAAACAACUCUCCUCCGCUCGAGCAUCCAAGCAGAACACUCCUUCCGCACAAUCACCAUCUGAUAGUGAGUCUGACAUUGAUGCUUAUGGUGGAUCUCGUCGAGCUGCAGCCAAGAAGAACCAUCGUCGAUCAGUCCAACCCACUCGUGACAUAACCCCUGCUCACGGAGAAGUACGCUUCUCGACACGAAAAGCUGCCAAAGUAUCCAAUUACAACGAAGAUGACGACGACAUGUUUGAUGAUGAAGCGGACAUGGUCCCUCAGGAAUACUGGACGGCUGGGCCGGAGGAGGACGUUCCUGCAAUCGAUGCGGUGCUCAACCAUCGCCUACGUGAGGAUACUAGUAAAGAAGUCACCGACCCUGGAAGAGAUGAUUUUGAGUACUAUGUAAGCGUCACCGUUCCCAAUCGUCCUACCCUCUCUCGAGAUCUCAAAUCUGACCUGCGAAAGAUCAAAUGGCAAGGCAAAGCUCACUACCAUUCCACCUGGGAGACCAAUGCUGCUUUGGCCUCUUGUCGCGGUAUACGACGACUUGAGAAUUACUUCCGCAAAGUGGUCCAGGAGGAUAUCCACAUGGAGCAUGAAAAGGACAUCCCACUCGAAGAGCGAGAGAAGUGGAAUCUCGAUCGUGAACGUGAUGCCGAUGCCCUCAAGGAUUACACGAAAGUUGAGCGUGUUAUUGGCAAGAACGACAAGGGGGAUUUACAGUAUCUUGUGAAGUGGAAGGGACUCUACUACGAUUCUUGCACCUGGGAGAACGGUAGCUUGGUGAGCAACAUCGCGCAGAACGAGAUCGACCGUUAUCUCGAUCGAACCUCUUCAUUACCGCAAUCAAAUAAGUCAGAGUCGAAUCCAACUACGAGGCGGACGUUUCAACGCAUAUUGGAGCAACCAGCCUACAUAAAGAACGGCUCACUCCGGGAGUUCCAGAUGCAUGGCCUCAAUUUCUUGGCUUUCAAUUGGUGCAGAGGAAACAAUGUGAUCCUCGCAGACGAAAUGGGCCUAGGAAAAACCGUGCAAACGGUGGCGUUCAUGAAUUGGCUGCGGCAUGACAGACAGCAGCAAGGGCCUUUCAUAGUGGUUGUACCACUUUCAACAAUGCCCUCAUGGGCCGAAACGUUUGACAAUUGGACCCCCGACGUCAACUAUGUGGUCUAUAACGGCAACGAAGCUGCCCGUAAAACCAUUCGGGAGCACGAGCUUCUAGUCAGUGAGAACCCUCGGAAGGCGAAAUUCCACGUUCUCCUCACCACCUAUGAAUACAUCCUCGCGGAUGCAGCGUUUUUGUCCCAAAUCAAGUGGCAAUUUAUGGCUGUUGAUGAAGCACAUCGACUUAAGAAUCGCGAGUCUCAGCUGUACGCCAGACUGCUCGAUUUUAAGGCACCCAGUCGUCUUCUGAUUACUGGUACGCCCAUGCAGAACACCCUCGGAGAACUUUCUGCUCUUAUGGAUUUCCUCAUGCCUGGAGUCAUCCGCAUCGACGAGAACAUGGACCUCUCAUCGAAGGAGGCCAGCGAGAAGAUCAGUCAGAUGACUGCUGCGAUCCAACCCUACAUGCUGCGCCGUACCAAGAACAAAGUGGAGAAUGAUAUCCCGCAAAAGACCGAGAAGAUCAUCCGAGUCGAGCUGUCAGAUGUUCAAUUGGACUAUUACAAAAACAUUCUCACUCGAAAUUACACUGCACUCAAUGAGGGUGCGAAGGGUCAGAAGCAGUCUUUACUCAACAUCAUGAUGGAGUUGAAGAAAGCCAGCAACCAUCCAUUCAUGUUUCCCAGUGCCGAAGAACGAAUCUUAGGCGGAAGCCCACGACGCGAAGAUAUACUAAAGGGUAUAAUCACCAGUAGCGGCAAGAUGAUGCUACUCGAUCAGCUGCUUGCCAAAUUGAGGAAGGACAAUCACCGUGUCCUCAUAUUCAGUCAGAUGGUCAAAAUGCUUGACAUCUUAGGAGACUAUUUACAUCUCCGGAAUUACCAAUUUCAGCGUCUUGACGGUACGAUAGCUGCCGGACCUCGUCGAAUGGCCAUCGACCAUUUCAAUGCUCCAGACAGCAACGAUUUCUGCUUUUUGCUUUCAACGAGAGCAGGAGGUCUAGGGAUCAAUUUGAUGACUGCUGACACAGUGAUCUUGUUCGACUCCGAUUGGAAUCCUCAAGCCGAUCUUCAAGCGAUGGCUCGUGCUCACCGUAUCGGGCAGACAAAGCCGGUCAGCAUAUAUAGGCUCGUCUCAAAGGAGACGGUCGAAGAAGAAGUCCUCGAGCGAGCACGCAACAAGCUCAUGCUCGAGUUUAUUACGAUACAACGUGGCGUUACGGACAAGGACGCAAAAGAGCUGACUGACAGGAUGGCACGUGUAGGCAAAGCUAUAGCAGAGCCCAAUUCUUCCGAAGACAUUUCCCGCAUACUUAAGCGCCGUGGAGAGAAGAUGUUUCAACAAUCUGGCAACCAGAAAAAACUCGAAGAGCUCGACAUUGAAUCCGUGUUAGAGAACGCCGAAGAACAUCAGACCGAACAGCCUGAGGGUAUUGCGGCAGACGGCGGCGAAGAGUUUCUCAAGAGCUUCGAGUAUCUGGAUGUCAAGAUUGACCUUGAGUGGGAUCAGAUCAUACCCAAAGACCAGCUUGAUGAGAUCAAGGCAGAAGAGAAGAAGGCAGCAGAUGAUCGCUAUCUUGCCGAUGUUAUUGAGCAAAACGCGCCACGAAAGAGAAAGCAAGCUGAUGAGGAGCGAGAAGAGCGUGCUGCGAAGAAGCGUGCCAGAGAUCUUGCGGCAAUAGAGGCAGGUGCUGAUGAUUCCGAUCAACGACCUGGUCAAGACCCGAAGCGACCACUAAGCGAGAAAGAAGUACGCAACUUGAUCCGUGGCUAUUUACGAUUCGGCUCUAUCGAUGACCGAGGAGACGAGCUAGUCCAAGAGGCUCGACUGACCUCCAGAGACCGCGGUCUUUUGAAGGCGUCUCUGCAGGAGAUCAUUGAUGUGGCGUCCAAGCUUAUGAAAGAAGAGCAGGACCGCAUCGACGCUUUAGAACGUCAGCAUGGCAAGACCUUAACCAAGAAGGACAAAAAAGCCGUGCUGUUCGAUUUCAAAGGUGUGAAGCGUAUCAAUGCGGAGACGAUCGUGGAACGUCCUGGCGAGAUGCGCAUGCUGAAGGAGGUCACUGAGAAAGCCCAGGAUCCCAAGAACUUUCGAAUUCCAGAGGCAUCUAAGGGAGCAACCUACACCUGCGACUGGGGCUCUAAAGAAGACGGAAUGCUUUGUGUUGGGAUUGUUCGCCAUGGCUAUGGUGCAUGGGUUCAGAUCCGUGACGACGCUGACUUGGCUCUGGGAGAUAAAUUCUUUCUGGAGGAGCAUCGUGUCGAGAAGAAAGAGGAACGUAGCAAGGGCGAAGAGAAGAGUGUCAAGUCGCCUGGCGCAGUGCAUCUUGUACGCCGUGCCGACUACCUGCUUUCGGUGCUCAAAGAGAAGACGAGCGGUGGUACCAAUCUCGCUGCGAAACGCGCGGUCGAAAAUCAUCACCGAAACAACAAGAAAAACGGCAUGUACGCUAGAAUCGCAGACAAUCGGACAAGUGUAUCAGCUUCACCUGCUCCAUCGUCUGUUCGAAGAGGCCACCGCGAGUCAGAGAAGCAUCGCAACCGCAACAGCACCGAGCGGCGCAUUUCUAACGGAGAGCAGAACGGUCAUACCCCCAGAAGCGACAUUCGACCUAGGCCAAGCGGUGACCGGAAACAUGAAGAGCGUCGCCACCACUCACCGCAUAACCACCGUCAAAGCAAUGAGAAUGCCAUUGCACCGAAAGUCAAUAGGCUUUUGUGGAAACUCUUCGGUCCCGUUAAGCCAAGCUUAUUAGCGGUGCAAGGUGCUACAAAGGAAGGUGUGCGAGACAAGCACGCCCGGGCGAGAAUUUUGAGGGAGGAGUUGGUCAAGAUUGGGAACCACGUGGCCGAUCUGGUCUCGGAUCCAGAAACGAAUGAGGACGACGAAGCUUCGUUCUGGGACUUUGUGGCGGACUACUGGCCCAAUGCGGGAACUCCAGGAAGCAACAUUAGAAACAUGUACGAUCGCAUCGCAAAUUCGGCGUCUGCAGUCGCAGCACCGGCUCAGCAAGAGCCUACCAUAAAGGUAGAGCCACCGCAUAUGAACGGGCAAAUUAAUGGCGUUGCUGUGAAGCAAGAACAGAAAGGAUAG